CGGCUGGCGCUGGUGCUGUACGGGCUGCACCAGGACCGCGCCAUGCGGGUGCGCUACACCGACGUCGACUACCGGGUGUUCACGGACGCGGCGCGCCUGGUGACCGAGGGGCGCUCGCCCUACGGGCGGGCCACGUACCGCUACACGCCGCUCCUGGCCUGGCUCCUGACGCCCAACGUGUUCCUCGCCGAGGCCUUCGGGAAGCUGCUCUUCGUGGCCGGGGACUUGGCGGCUGCUGUCGUCGCCUACCGGGCCCUGCGGCGCCGGGGGGCCGCCGCCGGCCGCGCCUGGGGGUGCUGCGCCGCCGCCUGGCUCCUCAACCCCCUGCCCAUGGCCGUGUCCAGCCGGGGCAACGCGGAGGCGCUGGUGGCGCUGCUGGUGCUCGCCACCUUGUACUGGGUGGAGGCGGGCAGCGUGGGCAAGGCCGCCGUGUGCUACGGGCUGGCCGUGCACAUGAAAAUCUAUCCCCUGACCUACGCGCUGCCCAUAGCGCUCCGCCUGCGCACCGGGCCGGGCCGCGCGGAUGGGGCGCGGGGCGACAAAACGGCCAAGUUCACAUUCAUGGCGCGCCUCUGGCGCCUUUUUGUAGGGAUGAUGAACUGCGACGUGCUGCUCUUUGGAACAGUUGCCGGAUCCGUGCUGGCUGCCUUGACUGUGGCAUUUUAUCGCCUCUAUGGCUGGGAGUUUUUGGAGCAUGCCUACCUCUAUCACUUGACUAGGAGGGAUAUCCGUCAUAACUUCUCUCCCUAUUUCUACAUGUUGUACUUGACAGCAGAGAGCAAAUGGAGUUUUGCCCUCGGGCUCGCAGCUUUCCUGCCCCAGCUGCUUUUGCUCCUGGUUGUGUCCAUAGCGUUCUACAGAGACCUUGCCUUCAGUUGCUUCUUACACACCGCUAUUUUUGUGACUUUUAACAAAGUGUGCACAUCCCAAUACUUUGUUUGGUAUCUCUGCCUUUUGCCCCUCGUUAUGCCUAGUAUUAAGAUGUCCUGGCAUCGGGGUGUGCUGCUUCUCUUUCUGUGGUUCAUCGGACAAGGCCUGUGGCUUACUCCUGCGUACUUUCUGGAGUUCAAAGGAUAUAACACUUUCUUAUUCAUAUGGUUGGCAGGCUUGCUUUUCCUUUUAAUUAAUAGCCUCAUAAUUGUUCAGAUUAUUUCACAUUAUCAAAAAGAAGCACACAUUGCAAAAAAAAUGAAACAACGGUAAUAAACUGACCAAAAUCCAGAAACAGCCCUACUGUCUUUGAUAAGGCAUCACAUAUCACCAGCAUUUUAUUUAACAAAAGUGCACCGAAGUUGUAGUAAAGCACAUUGUGUGUAAAUGUUGCUGUUUCAGGGCUGUGAGAGCAUUGAGACCAGUCAGUUGCCCUGAGCAGUGUCAGCAGGUGUACCUGUCUCCUGUGUGCAUCUUGAAACUGCAUUGCAACCCUCCCUCCAGCACUGCUUCCAGCUCUGUCCUCUUACUCCUCACUAGAAUCCCUGGAAGCACCAGUUCACCACUUAACCAUGUUUGGGGCUCUGAUGAAUGGGCUCUCAGUACCCAUCUUCACUGACUGUCUUCACCUGCUGUCUCCAGAGAUAGUGGGACUGUGCCCUGCUCUUUGACCGCUGUGCUGGGGCCACCUCUCUUUCUGCUCAUACUCCCUCAUGGAAUAGCCCUGGCACCUUUUUUUCUCAUUCUCAGUGUUAGCCUGCUUGUUGAUGACCUCUGCCUUAGUCAGACUAACACAGAAGAUUAUAAAGGUGGAGUUUGAUUAUGAAAUUGGAGUUUGACAGUUUUUUACAUUCCAGUAGGUCAGCGGGGUGUUUGGCAAGGCAAUUGCUCAACAUUUACAGUGGGGUUUAUUUUUUCUUUUGUUUCCACAAUAACAUUUUAGCUAUGCACUGUUUGUGGCCUGUACCUGGUCUUUAUGUCAUUAACUCUGAGACUUUUAAAUUUAUUUUAGAAUUCAGAUACGCCACUCUUUCACUUAGUUUUGCAUAUUCUGUUCUGUUUGAAUUUUUGAAUAGAUUUACUGCCCUUGUCAUGGAGGAAGAUUUCCCCAUAUACCUGUCUUGGCACACAGAGAUGUAUAAAGCUUAAAUAUUGGUUUCUUCCUGCCAGGUUCUAGAAGAGAGGCCGCUGCCUUAAAUUUCAGUUAAUAUAUGGUUAUUGUGGGUGUUAACAGUAGCAGAUGCAGAGUCAAAGUACAGUUAGAAUGG